AUGAUUCCCGACGGCGUCGCGAGCGCUUCGGCGACGUCGAUCGCGGCGAGCGAAAACGGCGAGGCGGAGGAGUUCAAUUUAUUGCGGUCGUGCUACGUGUGCAAGUCGCGAUUUCGAAAGAUGCAUCACUUUUACGCAGCGUUGUGUCCGGAGUGUGCCGAGUUGAAUUGGGAAAAGCGGUCGCAGACGGCGGACAUGCGAGGGAAGUUUUGCGUGGUGACGGGCGCGCGCGUGAAGAUUGGGUAUCGCAUCGCGUUGAAACUUCUUCGCGCGGGCGCGAACGUGAUCGCGACGACGCGUUUUCCCGUGGACGCGCUGAAGCGCUUCGAAGGAGAAGAUGACGCGGGACAAUGGAUCGGUCGACUGCAGAUACUCGCCAUGGAUUUGCGCGACUUGCCCGCUUUGGAAAAGCUCUGCGCGCAUUUGCUCGCGACGCUGCCUCGAUUGGACGUCCUCGUGAACAACGCGUGUCAGACCGUGCGGCGACCUCCAGCGUAUUACAAGCACCUUCUCCAAGCCGAAGCGCGCUCGGGGUUUACUCGCUCGCUCGCUGGCGCGAACGCUCGGUGCGACUUUUUACCGAGCGCCGACGCCGAGGCGCCGUCGCCCACGGCGCUGAGCGAUUGGCGACAGGGCGAUAAGUUUAAAGAAGCUGGAUGGAUGGCGCCCUCAGCCGCAAUGUCGCAGCUCCAACUGAUCGCUUCCGACGCCGAUGAGUCCAACGAACACUUCCCUGAAGGCGCGCUCGAUGUCAACGGGCAGCAGGUGGAUUUAAGGACGAAAAACUCGUGGACGAUGAAGCUUGGCGAAAUUGAGACUCCAGAGUUGCUCGAAGUGCUCGCGGUGAACGCCGCCGCACCUUUCGUGCUGAACGGCAAGCUUCGUCCAUUGAUGGCCAAGACCGUCGCUGUCGAUAAAGAGGCUGGGGUCGAGUACGCCGCGGCGUUUAUCAUCAAUGUUUCCGCUAUGGAAGGCCAAUUCGCUCGGGCGAAACUGAGUACGCACUCGCACACCAACAUGGCGAAGGCGGCGUUGAACAUGAUGAGCGCGACGUCGGGGAAAGACUUCGCGGAAGAUGGCAUCUAUAUGAACUCAAUCGAUACCGGUUGGAUUAACGACGAGAAUCCACUGGAAAAAGCGGCGAGAUUGGCGAAAGAGAAGGGUUUCCAGACGCCCAUCGAUGAGGAAGACGCCGCGGCGCGCGUUCUCGCGCCGGUGUUUGAAGGUUUCAGCGAACCGCCGCAAGCGUGGCCGCCUGUGUUCGGCAAGUUCCUCAAGGAUUACCGCGAAACAUUCUGGUAA